AUGGCUUCCAUCAAAGUGGUUCCCACUGUAGCAGCCACAAUCGUCGGAUCGCAUGGUCCUUCGAGUACCGAUCUCACAACCACCGAGUUCACGAAGCUCCAAUAUCACAUCCAAGGUCUCGCAGCGGAACUGAGAGAUAUGAUCCUUGAGAAGACUCUCAUGGCCGCGCUACCCAGUGAACAUGAACUAAUCCUCGCCACGAUCGAGGAUGUGACUUCUGCGCCAGGGAAAGGACCACUCCAGCUACGCGCGAUCCCAUCUUCCACGGAACAGAGCUUCGUAUACAUCUCACCACUACAGUAUAUACCACCCCUCGGACUACAGAUCAACCGCCAGACCAGAGCCAGGUUCGCCAAGAAAUACUACGGCAACACCCCUUUCUUCGUCUGUGACGAUGAGACAUUUCCAAUGCUGCACAACUGCUUCAAAUGGCUCAAGUCACUUACACAAGAACACCGCGAUCUGAUCCAAACCAUCAAGUGUGCUGGAUUCUGGACAAAUCGUUGGUACAGUGGCCUUUCGACAAGGGUCGCACCUCCGCUUGGGCGGAUCCAGUGGACGGCAAACUGGCUUCGUACGAAAGGGGUACAAGAGGUUUUUGAGCUGUGGGAGAGGGAGAGAGAUGGGAAGAAACGUGUCUGCCCUGGAGCUGAUAAGUUCGUGCUUUUGCUGGAGCAUCAGAGGAUUGUCGAUGUGGUCGCUGAAGAGGCGGUUCCGAUUCCGGAGUCCUACUGUUCGUGGAGCAGAGGAGAUGGGACUUUCUAUAGAGAUCAGGAGCAGACUGGUUGA